AUGGGGUCUUACGAUAAGGAGGAGGCUAUUGUGGAAACUACUCUUUAUCCUGUUGAUGGCGACGUUGUUGACGUUGAAAGAAUUCUCGAUGAAGACGAAGACGUUUCACCGAUUCCUGAAGUUAGAGCUACAGUUCCAACAACAGAUGAUCCAGACUUACCGGUGAAUACCGUUAGAAUGUGGGUUCUUGGUAUCUUAUCAACAAUUGUUGGUGCCGGUGUCAAUCAGUUCUUCUCCAUGCGUUAUCCAGGUGUUACUAUCUCAGCCCUCGUUUGUCAAUUAGUCAUUUACCCAAUUGGCGUUGCUGUUGCUAAAUAUCUCCCUGUCUGCAAUCUCAACAUUGGACGUUGGACUAUUCCAGUGAAUCCCGACCACCACUUCAACGCAAAGGAACAUGCACUGAUUACAAUCAUGGCAAAUAUCUCCUUUUCUUCAUCUUAUGCUACAGAUGUGAUUCAAGCACAAGUGGCAUUUUAUGGACUGCCGUUGGAUACGGGAUAUCAGGUCCUAAUGGUUCUUACUUGUCAGCUGUUCGGUCUUGGUGUCGCAGGCUUGUUAGAUAACUUCUUGGUGAAACCUUCAAGAAUUUAUUGGCCUUCAACUCUAGUAAACGUUGCACUGUUCAGAUCUCUACACUCGAAUGAGAAUCCAAUCGCAAAUGGCUGGAAGAUUUCAAGAAUCAGAUUCUUCCUGAUAGUGUUCACCUGUUCUUUCACAUAUUACUGGUUCCCAGGUUACAUUAUGCCUGCUCUAUCCUAUUUCACCUUCAUAUGCUGGGCUGCGCCAAAGAACAUAGUUGUGAAUCAACUAUUUGGUAUGUCCCAAGGCUUGGGCUUCUUCCCAUUGACGUUUGAUUGGGCCCAAAUCGCAUAUAACGGUUCGCCAUUAGUGACACCACUUUCUGCGCAGUUGAAUACACUGGGUGGUGUUGUCAUUUUCAUCAUGAUCUUGACACCUGUAUUAUACUAUACAAACACUUUCAAUUCUGCUUAUCUACCAAUCAGUUCUGCAAACGUCUUUGAUAACACCGGUGCUGAGUAUGAUGGUUCCAGGAUCAUCGACUCAAAUGGUAAGUUCGACCUCGCCAAAUACCAGGCAUAUUCCCCACCUUAUUUGGCCAUUUCGUAUGCUGUGGCGUAUGGAACUUCAUACGCGGUUCUAACAUCAGGUCCUAUCUAUGCUUAUUUAUACCAUGGAAAGGAAAUAUGGGAUGCUUUUAAAGGUCGCAUGAAGAAAGACGUACACGUCAGAAUGAUGGAUAAGUACGACUCAGUUCCUAAGUGGUGGUCACUGGCUUUGACAGUCGUUGUCUUUGCUGUUACUUGUAUUAUUAUGGAAGUUUAUCAUAUACAAUGGCCGAUUUGGGGUAUCUUUAUGGCUUUUGGUAUGGUGCUGCUCUUUGUCCUGCCUAUUGGAAUAAUCUACGGGUCAACGAACAUCAAUACAAAUAAUAUGACCGUUCUGGGCCAAUUGAUAUCAGGUUAUCUCUUACCGGGACUGCCAAUUGUCGCUUUGACUUUCAAGUUCUAUGCCUUCACCGGUGUGUCACAGGCUUUGUCGUUCUCAUCUGACAUGAAGCUCGGCUACUAUAUGAAGAUUCCCAAAAGAGAUGUGUUCAGAGCUCAGUUUAUCUCUUGUGCCAUUGGGGCACUGGUUCAAGUUGGAAUCCUUAUUUUCAUGUUAAACAAUGUCAAAGACAUUUGCUCAUCUGAUCAGGCCGACAACUUCACUUGUCCACAAGGCCGUACAAACUUUGCAGCUUCUGUUGUGUGGGGAGCUGUUGGUCCAAAGAGAAUGUUCGGUAUUGGUGGCCUCUAUGCUCCAUUCCUCAACUUAUUCUGGAUUGGUCCACUCUGCACUAUUGUCACCUACUUCCUAUACAAGAAGUUCCCUAAGAACUUCCUAUUGAAGAAUCUGAACUGGGUUGUUGUCUUUGGAGGUUUGGGUAAUUUCCCACCAGCCACAGGCAUCAACUACACCUCUGCAAUCAUGGUGGCUGUCAUAUUCAACUACUUCAUCCGUAGAAAAUACGGACAAUGGUGGUCGAAAUACUUGUUUGUGCUGAGUUGUGCCUUGGACGUUGGAGUUGCCUUGAGUGGUAUCCUCAUCUUCUUCGCCCUCUCGUAUCCGGGAGUAACAUUGAACUGGUGGGGAACUGUUGGGUAUGCAGAUACUGCAGAUGGUAACCUAACACCAUAUUACUCACUUCCAGCCAGAGGCUACUUUGGUCCUAGCACAUGGGACUAG